GGGCGGAGUUAAACUCUGAGGUGUCACUGCUGUGCGUUGACUGAGGCUUAACCUGCCCAAAACGAGGAAGCGACAUCUGGACUAACUAGGAUUUACCCAACGAGUCACUUUUACUUGUUAACGGACGUUUCCUCACUUUAGCCCAGUUUCGUUGUUGUAAACUUAGCGGGUCAAAAUGUCUACGAUGGACUUGGAGAAGCUGAAGAUGACGGGUGCUGGUCGGGCCAUAGCAGUGCUGACCAGCGGCGGAGAUGCACAAGGGAUGAACGCUGCUGUCCGAGCUGUGACCAGAAUGGGCAUCUACGUGGGGGCCAAGGUUUAUCUUAUUUAUGAGGGAUACCAAGGCCUUGUGGAUGGAGGAGACAACAUCAAACUGGCUCACUGGCACAGUGUGACUAACAUCAUCCAACAGGGUGGGACUAUAAUCGGGAGCGCCCGAUGUAAAGCCUUCACAACUCGUGAGGGCAGGCUCGCCGCCGCCUUCAACCUGGUGAAGAAAGGCAUCACCAACCUGUGUGUGUGCGGUGGAGACGGCAGCCUCACCGGAGCCAACAUCUUUCGCAGUGAAUGGAGCAGUUUGCUGGCUGAGCUUGUAGAGAAAGGAAGGAUCACAGACACUCUAGCCAAGCAGCAUGGCCACCUCAACAUUGUGGGGCUUGUGGGCUCCAUCGACAACGACUUCUGUGGCACCGACAUGACCAUCGGAGCUGACUCUGCGCUGCACCGCAUCAUGGAGAUAAUUGAUGCCAUCAUGACAACUGCACAAAGCCACCAGCGUACUUUUGUUCUGGAAGUCAUGGGGCGCCACUGUGGAUAUCUGGCUUUGGUGUCAGCACUUGCAUCUGGGGCAGACUGGCUCCUCAUUCCAGAGUCCCCCCCCCAGGAGGGUUGGGAGGAUCGUAUGUGUGCCCGCCUAGAAGGGAGCCGCAUAAAGGGGUCAAGACUCAACAUCAUAAUCGUCGCAGAAGGAGCCAUCGACAGAAAUGGCAAGCCCAUCACCUCAACCUAUGUAAAAGAUCUGGUGGUAAAGAGGCUGGCUUACGAUACCAGAGUGACAGUUCUCGGCCAUGUUCAGCGAGGAGGAACUCCCUCAGCGUUUGACAGAAUACUGAGCAGUAAGUUGGGUAUAGAGGCGGUGAUAGCCCUGAUGGAGGCCUCUCCUGACACCCCAGCUUGUGUCAUUGGGCUGUCGGGUAACCACGCUGUCCGCCUGCCUCUAAUGGAGUGUGUGGAGAUGACUAAGCUGGUACAGAAGGCCAUGAAUGAGAAGAAGUUUGAUGAGGCUGUCAAACUGCGUGGAGGGAGUUUUCAAAACAACUGGAACAUCUACAAGCUUCUUGCCUUCCAGAAGCCGGCCCAGUCUGAGAGCAAUUUCUCUUUAGCUGUCCUGAACGUGGGAGCUCCGGCUGCAGGGAUGAAUGCAGCGGCGAGGUCUGCGGUGAGGUUAGCGCUCUCUCAUGGACACAAGGUCUACGGUGUCAAUGAUGGCUUCCAAGGACUUGCCAAUGGGGCGCUUUUUGAGAUGCAAUGGCACAAUGUAGCAGGAUGGACGGGUCAAGGGGGCUCUCUUCUGGGGACAAAACGAACUCUUCCCAACAAGCACAUGGAGGAUAUUGUUAAAACCAUCAGCAAGUUCAACAUCUCAGCUCUUCUUGUGAUUGGAGGGUUUGAGGGGUACGAAGGUGUGCUGCAGCUGUUUGAAGCCCGGAGUCACUAUGAAGAGCUCUGCAUCCCCAUGUGUGUAAUCCCUGCCACCAUCAGCAACAACGUCCCUGGAACUGACUUUAGCGUGGGAGCAGACACUGCUGUCAAUGCUGCCAUGGAGGGUUGCGACAAGAUCAAGCAGUCUGCCACUGGGACAAAGAGACGAGUGUUUGUGGUGGAGACUAUGGGUGGUUACUGUGGCUAUCUUGCGACCAGCACUGGUAUGGCGGUGGGUGCUGAUGCAGCCUACAUCUUUGAGGACCCCUUCAACAUCCACGACCUGAAGACCAAUGUGGAGCAUUUAACUGAAAAGAUGAAGAAGGACAUCCAGCGGGGUCUUGUACUGAGGAAUGAAAAAUGCCAUGAAAACUACACAACGGAUUUCAUCCAUAAGUUGUAUUCAUCAGAGGGGAAGGGCAUCUUCGACUGCAGAGUCAAUGUGUUGGGACACCUUCAGCAGGGAGGGGCACCUUCUCCUUUUGAUAGAAAUUUUGGCACCAAGUUGGGCGUGAGGGCUGUCCAGUGGAUUUCGGAGAGAUUGACAGAAAACUUCCGGCAAGAACGUGUGUUCGCCAACUCGCCAGAUACAGCAUGUGUGCUUGGCCUCAACAGGAAGGUCAUCUCAUUUAUCCCUGUCACUGAGCUGAAGGCUGUGACAGAUUUUGAACAUCGAAUGCCCAAGGACCAGUGGUGGAUAACACUUCGGCCAAUGCUAAAAAUGUUGGCCAAGUACCAAACCAGCUUCUGUGAAUAUGUCCCAGGAGAGAUAGAACAUGUGACUCAACGCUCCAUCAGUAUCGAUUCUGGGUUCUAGGCUCUCUAAAGCAUUAGUACCUCUCUGCACUUUUUAACCCUUAUCUGUCCAUCCUUAGUUUCUACAGACUGCAUACUUUCAAAAAAAGGGUUUCAGUCUGCAGCUACACGUUUACAGGACUGAAAAUGCAUUCAUUUAUUGAAUGAGGCAUUCAGUAGCCUACAUAUAAGACUGUUCUAAUCUUUGUGACCAUUGACUUUCCAUAGUCAAAUCACUGAUAUAAAAACUCAACCAGAUGUGUGCCAUGAAGCUAAAACUUCAAUCACUACUGAAUAUAUCCUUUAAAGCAGAUUGUAUGUGGUUUGAUAGGGUUUGCUUCAAAAUCACAUACAAGGUGAAUAUUGGAUUCUCUAGUGAGCCAGAAAUAAAUUGAUCAUAAAUUUUUUUUUUUU